AUGAACGAAAAAAUUAAAGCUGUAAUUGAGAAUAAAAAAUAAAAUACCUUUUGGAAAGCCAUAUCUAAGCAUAUAAAAAGUGCAGAUAAAUUUGGUCAUCCAAUUUAGUUGAAGUAUAAAAAUAGAUCUACAUAUAACACGCUAUUCGGUGGGAUUAUCACCCUUAUUGCUCGACUAGGCAUUUUCAUCUACUUUCUAUUGGCUAUAAUAGAUGUGACUUAGAAGAAGAGUUUUGUGAAAAAUUCUUUGGUAAUAAGAGAUUUAGCUUUAGAUGAGACUGAGUUCAAAAUUGAUACUGAUAACUUUGAUAUUGCGGUCCAAUUAAAAUAUUCGGUUAAUGAUCCAAAAGUAUAAAAUAAUCUUGGUGCAUAUGCUUAUGUAUCAGUGAACAAAUAUUCAAUGCAAUAUAUAAUGAAUAAUGGUUCUCUCACAUAUAACCUUAAAAUUGAUCGUCUUAAUCUAAGUAAUAAUAUUGAUUCUUUCAUAUCUUUUAUAGUACCUUGUGAGGCUAAUCGAUUCUUAGGUGAAAAAGAGUAAACAAAAAAGUUAGGCAUUACUAAUUAUUUCUAUUGUCCUAAGACAAUUAAUGCUACUUUAAAGGGAAGUUUGUCCAGUUCAUCCUCAAAGUUUAUUACUGUUAGUGUUCAUUGA